GAGAUAUUUAUAUAUUCGAGAGAUAUCAGUCUUAUAUAUGGCGUUCAAAAGUGUAUUCGUUAUUAAUAAUAAUAAAUGUUAUAUUUUUUUGUCGGCAAAUUCGAAAAGUAUAUAUAAAUUCUCUGGAUAAUCUUUGCCUACCGUCCUGAUUCCCCACUUCGAAACUAGCGACAUCAGGUAUUAAAUUUAGGUAUUAAAGAGAAUCAUAAUCUUAAAUUUAUAAACAUUUAUUUGGUUAUUAUUGCAAGAAUAAUUAACACACGUUAAUUAUUAAAAAGAUAUUUAUAAUAGAACAUAAUUAAUAUUACGAUUUAAAAUAAUGUCUAUGAGACCUAUCACACAGCAAUUAGCAUGCAAAGCAAGCAUAGGUUAUAAUUUAUUGAAUGGUAUAUUUGUUAUAUAUAAACCAGCAUUAAUACAUUUUUUAAAUGUACGAGAAACUAUAUUACAAAAUAUAUGUAAAGACUUAAAUGAAAUGAAUGUUAGACCGCCUACUGAUUACGUUGUGAUCGAAGGAAAUACAAAUGAAAAUAUGAAUGUUACUGUUCGUCCUAAUUAUGCAGACCAUCCAUUAGUUGUAGGACCACGUUAUCAAGAAAGAGAUAUUACAUUUUCUACAGCUAAUCUUUUAAAGCCAGAUAGUUGUGGUGUUUUAAUAUGCGGUAUCAACAGUGGUAAUUCGUUGAUUCACAAAAUUAGAGAAUCAAAACCAGCACGGUUUUACAGACUCAAAGGUAUCUUAGGACAGGCAACUGUUAAUCAAUUUAAAACUGGUAAAAUAGUUGAAAAAUCUACGUACGAGCAUGUAAAAAGAUUUCACAUUGAUAAAAUAUGUGCCUCGAUGCAAUCUUCUCAUCAAAAGAAAAUGUUCGAAUUAUGUGGAGUCGAUAUCCAAAGUCAAGAAGCAUAUGAAUUAGCGGUACAAGGUUUGAUUAGGCCAGCUGAUUCUAGAAUUCCUGUAUUAUAUGAAAUAAAAUGUGUAGAUUUCCAACCUCCAGAAUUUACGCUUGAAAUUGUUUGUAUCAAUGAGUACGAACAAUAUUUAAAAACGUUAAUUCACGAGCUGGGUAUGGAAGUUCGCUCUACAGCUACUUGUACGCAAAUACAAUGUUUCAAAUAUGGAUUAUUUGAUCUACAACAUGCACUAUUAUCUAAAAAGUGGGAUAUGUAUUCUAUUUUAGAUAAUAUGAGACUGUGCAGAAAAAUAUUAAAAGAAAAUGAUUAUUUGAUAGAACAAACUAGUCCCACUUUGGUAGAGAAUAAUAAAUAAAUUUUGUUUAAAUAAAUACAUAUUUCAUAUAUGUUCUA